GUGACUGUUUUUCCUGCAAUAGCAUCAAAACAGAGCAUACAAUCCACAGUGCUCCUGAGAUUUUUCACGCGCUCUGAACUCUUUGGCUUCUCUUAGUUAGCCUGUCUGUUUAAUUUUCACCGUGCGCAGUCCUCGGUGGUUGAUGGUGCGGAUGCCACCUGGCUCCGCUGGCUCUCCGAUCCGAUCGCUUAAACCCUAGCUUGUAGUGCAGCUUUCACUCGCAUCCCAAUUCCGCCCGGGGAGCUCUUCUGUGUCUUUGAUGUUACGAUUAUGAUAUCAUAAGAGAACGCGGAUUCUGGCGGCGAGGGAACAAUAUGCUGCGACAGAGUCCUCCCAAGCACAGGCAUGAUGGGACUUCACCGCUGCCUCUCGGGAUGGACUGGAGUCCUCCCCCACGAAAUUGGAAUGGACGGGAUACAGUAUGGCCACACAGUCAUCGUACAGGUUGGAGUUAUUGUGUCACCAUACCUUCUUGGGUCUUUCUUCCCAAAACAAGAAAUUCAGAUCCCAUCGUGUUUUACAGGGUCCAAGUUGGUCUGCAAUCACCAGAAGGUAUCACAACAAUACAUGGAGUACUGAGAAGGUUCAAUGAUUUUUUAAAGUUGUUUGCAGAUAUUAAAAAGGAGUUUCCCAGGAAAAGCAUUCCCUCAGCUCCGCCAAAAGGACUUGUACGAUUGAAAAGCCGAGCAUUGUUGGAAGAGAGAAGGUGCUCUUUGGAGGAGUGGAUCACCAAACUUUUGUCAGACAUUGAUGUAUCUAGAUGUGCCGCAGUUGCAUCCUUUCUUGAAUUAGAGGCUGCAGCUAGAGCUUCUUUUCGAGAUUCAAAUCAGCAGAAUUCAGAAUCAGAUCCUGCUUCCAAUAACUCAGCUUUUUCUGCACAAUCACCUCUCCAUUCAAACUUAUCAUUAGGUGCUGGUACUUCAUCUAUUGCAUCAGAUUAUGGUAGUGAUACUGCAUAUGAGCCAUCUGAACUUGGAACACCAAGAGUUGGGCUGGACGAUCAUUCUGAAGUUGGCACAGAUGAUUUAACAUUGGAUGAAGAUGUGACAAGUCCGAUGGAAAAGCUGGUCAAGUAUGGUAUAUCAAAUAUUGAUGAGGGUUUAUUUAUGGGUCAGACUAUUUUAGAGCAGCUAGAAGGCCUAUCCAAGCAUAAAGUAAAUGCCAGACAUUUCAGCUAUGCUGCAGAGAACAAAAAUAAUGGAAAUGCUUUUAAUGCCUCACACUUGGCUAAAAACCCGAUGGAGCUUUUCUCUGAACCUGAGCAAGCCAAUGUUUCCAGUCAUGUUCGCAAGCAUUCCAAUGAGAGUGUGGGAAGUGAUGGAAGCUCUUUGAGAGGUAGCGAUUUUUCUGCUACUGGAAUUCCAAAUGGUUCUAUUGACCUUCCUGGAAAUACCAUGGUAUCCAGAACACCAGAUAUAAGUCAUGCAGAGAUGCAGUCUGCUGGUGAUGCUCAAGUAGUCCUUCCACUAGAUCAGCGCCAUAAAUUAAAUAGGAUUCUUUUAACCAUGCAGCGAAGGCUAGUUACUGCAAAAACUGAUAUGGAAGACCUUAUAGUUAGAUUAAAUCAAGAAAUAGCUGCCAAGGAUUUUCUUGCCACAAAGGUCAAGGAUUUGGAAGUAGAACUUGAUACUACUAAACAGAAGAGUAAAGAAAACUUGCAACAGGCUAUUCUAAUUGAGAGGGAAAGGUUUACCCAAAUGCAGUGGGAUAUGGAGGAGCUUCGUCGGAAGUCAUUGGAAAUGGAGAUGAAACUAAAGUCUGAAGUGGGUGAAAAUUCAAUUCAGAAUUCAACAAAUGAAGCGGUUGUUCAGGAGAAAGAAGAACUGCUUCAGACUUUGAAUAGUACUAAAGAUCAGCUGGAAAUUUUGUUGAAACAGUAUAAUGAGUUAGAAACAAAAUCUAAAGCUGACGUUAAGGUCCUCGUUAAGGAGGUCAAAUCUCUCCGAAAUUCCCAAUCAGAAUUGAAGAGGGAGCUUAGUGAGUCAAUAAAGGAAAAGUGCGAAGCUGAGAAACUUCUUCAACAUGAAAGAGAGAAGAGGGAACAUGCCGAAUCUGCGUCAAGAAACCUGAUCCAGAAAUGCAAGCUUCUGUUCACCCAGCUUCAACAGUGCAACAUCACUUUUCCCACAGAAGAUCAAGAUAACACCGCAACGAACUCAUCAUCUUUAGAAGAGACUGCAAACCAGUUAGCAGUAUCUGAUGAUCGAAUUGGCGUCCUACUAGCAGAGGUCGAAGACUUAGGGAAGGACACGGGAAUGGCUGCUUCUGAAGUAGAUAAAAUCAAUGACAUAAAAGAUGGUGUUAUCUACGAUGACGCACUGCAAAAGAUGAUAGCAGAUUUAUUCAUCGACAAUGCUAGAUUGAGAAAAAAAAUGAACUGUGUCACGAGGUAUGCUCUCAAAUUGGACACGUCAGCAAGUGAUGAUUCUCCGGUGGACACUGUAACAAAUAGUAGUAUGAACUGAGCUGGUGUAUAUUAUUAUUAAUUCUUUUUUCCCCCCAAUUUGACGAGGUUUCGCUGAGUCUGUUUCACAUCCCGGUCUAUCAUCAUAUUUAAGUCAGUCUUGCUGAAUGCAGUAUCCUUCUUGGCGUACUUUCAAAUGUACAAGCUUUUGAUCUGUAGGCAGCACACAUAUACGAGCCCUUUGCCGCGCACGACACUUUUUGUAAACUUCACACCUCAAAUAACAGAACUAGAGCUUGUUUGAGAUAAA